AAUUUAUUUUAAUAUUUCUAGAUAUCCCACCCCCGACUAUAAUGGGGUCGGAGCACAAUGUUUUGAGAUGGAAUGAAUUCCACACUGAGAUAGCUGCAAACCUUCAGACUCUACGAGACGAUGAUGAGUUUUUGGAUUGCACUGUUGCUUGUGACGAAAACUCGCAAAUUCAGGCACACAAGCUUAUCCUGUCUGCCUGUUCACCUUACUUCAGAGCUAUGCUGAGAAAGGUUUCCACUCCCCACCCUGUCCUCAUCAUGCCUGCCAACAUCAGGUUCCAGGAGGUCAGAUCCCUCAUCGACUUCAUGUACCACGGCGAGGUCGCUAUCCCCACCGAGGACGUAAACCAGUUCCUAGCUGUAGCAGAGCAGUUCAAGGUUCGAGGUCUGUAUCAAGAACGGAGUAAACCCCCUCCUGGAGCUCCACAGUUUCGCAAGACGGGUCCGGGUUUACAACCAAAAUCCGGUGUCCCUUCUCGUCCAAUGCCGCCGAAUGUUCCGCCGGAUAUCCGGCAACGUUUACCCCCGGGGAUUAGUAUGAUGAAGAGCGGUGCAUCACCGCUUAAACGGCCCCGUCUUGACCUACCCCAGCAUCCAGCCCAGGACGAGAGUGCAGAUGAUAUAACAGAAAUACCUGGAGACGAGGAUGAGAGUAAUGAUUAUUAUCCUGGAUACGGGGAGGAGUAUGAGGAGCAAGGUUGGGACGGAGAACCCCCUCCUCCCAACCCUAUUCCUGCUCCACCCAGCACCUCCCGUGGUCCCCAGCUCAUGGGUUUACUCUGCCCUAACUGCAGAAUAAUGUGUCACGGUGUUCCAGCUCUCAAGGAGCAUAUGCUGGUUUGUACCGGAGCAGGACCUUCCCAACCCACUCAACCAUCCCAGCAGCAGGGACACUUCCCAGGCUCACAUGAUGACACAGCCUGUCUCUGCCAUGUCUGUGAUAAACCAUUUAAAUCCCAGCGAACCCUGGACAAUCACCUCAAGAAACAGCACGGGCUCUCUCUACCACCUAAACCUCCUGGAUUCCGGGGGCAGGCGGGCAGGGGGAAGAAGAUGGAGGGGAGAAUGGAGGGACGGAUGGAAAACCGACUAGAAGGACGAAUGGAGGGAAGGAUAAUGGAGGGUGAGGAAGGUUGGGUUGGAUCAGGGUUUCCUCAGGAGCCUCCAAUCAUUCAUACUAAGGAGCCUGCUAGACCGGUGGGACAGGUUGCUCCAGCUCAGAGAUCCACUACGCCAAAGUCAGAGCAUGGGGAAAUAUUGCGUCCUCCAUCCGAGGAUGGUCGACGAGGUCUGGUGAGUCCACGUGGAGGGCGCGGCCGUGGCGCCCCGAUGAGCCGGGGAGGAUUCGCACGUCCAGGCAUGCCACCCAUGCAGGCCCAAGCACAAGGAAUGCAGGGUGUCCAAAGCAUGCCGGUUGGUCCCAAUAUGCCGAGUGGUCCGAGUAUGUCUGCAGGUCCCGGGAUGGGAGGGUCAGGACUUAAAUCUCAUCCUGGACCCAGUCAUUCCCUUGACCCUGGAGUACCUAGACCAGACCUACAGAAGCUUGGACUCAAGUUUGGAGGACAGAUAAGCAUCACCUCCACUGGAAACCAGGGUAAGAAGAUGAUGGGAGGACCCGGAGAUGGAACAGGAGUAUCUAUCACAAAACUCAAAGGAGAAAUGUCCAUGUCAUCUCCGUUAAAUAUUCGGGAUCCGGGUCAGAAGCUGGGUCCUGAGCAGGUUCAAAUUAAACCCGAAGAUCCGGGUCAGAUCAAAACAGAACCCGGAGUUAAAGAGGAACCCAAGGAGUUUGAACCAGAUAUGGAGGAUGGGAUGGAGCGAGGGGAGGAAGGAGAGUUUGAGGAGUAUGCAGAGGAGGAGGAGUAUGAGAAUGAAGAAGUGUAUCACGGGGACGGGGAGUACGAGGGUAUGGAGGGAGAUGAGGAGGAGGGAGAGGAGAUCAUGCAUGAUUUUGACGGGGACGGAUAUCCAGAGCUUGGUGGAGAUUAUGAUCAAGAAGGAUAAAGUUUCAUCCGUCCUUCUUUAGUCUAUACAGCAGAGCUAAAUAUAAACUCAUUCAUAAUUAUCAUAACUU